CUCUUAAACCCUCUUGAGAAUCCACGCCCUCGCCAACCAAUCCAACUGUGACUCUGGAGAUGUUCAGAAACAAGCGAACCGAGAAUAUCGCUGUGAAACUCGCAGCACGCGGCCAGGCUCUAUCGGUCGCUGGGAAGGUUUCCGAGAAGCAUGCAGUGUAUUUGGGGGCAACAGCCAGUGAGAUAGCGGAUCAUAUCUCGAAAGGCGAAUGGACAGCAACGGAAGUCGUGGAGGCAUUCAUUGCGCGUGCUGCACUUGCGCAGGCAAAGACCAACUGUCUUACAGAGGUCUUGUUUGCGGACGCGAGAAGGCAAGCAGAGGAGCUGGACGAUGAGUUCGCAAGGACGAAACAGACCCGCGGCCCGCUGCAUGGCGUUCCUGUCAGUUUCAAAGACCAGUUUGACAUCGAGGGCUUUGACUCUGUUACUGGAUUCUCGGCCUGGAUAGGUGACCGUUCAAAGAAGAAUGCCUUCCUUGUCGACCAGUGUCGCAAAGCCGGGGCAAUCAUCAUUGCCAAGACCAAUGUACCGCAGACCAUGUUCGCAUACGAAUGUUGCAACCCGGUGUUCGGUCGUACGACGAAUCCGUGGAGCGACAAGCACACUUGCGGUGGCAGUUCAGGCGGAGAGGCUGCCCUGUUGGCUAUGGACGGGUCUGCCCUUGGUGUAGGAUCAGACAUCGGAGGGAGCUUGCGUAUACCCACAUCCUACUGUGGACUUUAUUCGCUAAAGCCGACGCCUGACCGCGUGAGCGGCGAUGGCACUAGAGGUUGUCAGCCUGGAUACGAGGCUGUCAAGGUCUGCUACGGGCCCAUGGCACGAUCAAUCGCCGACUGUGACUUGUUUUGCAGGAUGUUCUUGGGCAAGCAGAGCAUUGUGCCUGACGUGCCACCCGUACCAUAUCGUGACGUCGAGCUGCCCAAGAUACUACGUUUUGGAUACUACAAGACUGAUGGACUUGCUACAUCUUCUCCCGCAUGCCAGCGCGCGGUUCAAGAGACCGUGGAUGCCCUUCAGAGAGAAGGUCAUGAAUGUAUUGAGUUUGAUGUGAAGCCUCUAGCUCUCGAGAUAUUGCGAGUCUUUGCUGGGCUGGCGACGUCUGAUAGCUAUGAGAAGAUGCUAUCUCAUCUUCACGGAGACCCGCAGGAGAGCAGUCUAUUCAUCGCCACGCUUGGGCCCAAGUUACCAGGCUUCGUUCGCAGGCUCAUGGAGUGGGCAGCGCAGUACAUAAUGGGCGACAAGGUCUUCGCUGAAAUCCUGCACGAGGCGCGCGGCAAGAGCGUAAGGGAGUUCGUCGAAUUCACCGACGCGCGCAACAAAGUCAACCGCGCGUUCUACGAGCAGAUCUGGAACGGCCUCCAGCUCGAUGGCAUCAUCUGUCCGGUCCAGGCCCUCCCUGCAAUCCCGCACGGCUCGUGUGCUUACCUUGCGCCGCUCGCAACUGCGACCGUCACGUAUAACGUCGUCGAGUCCGCGGUUGGUGUUGUGCCAGUUACGCGCGUCAAGCCCGGCGUCGACGACCUGCCGCCGGGGUUCAAGGCGGGGCAGAACGGGAACAGCAAGAUUCUCGAGACGGCGAUGUACUUUGAGAAGGAGGCGGUGUAUAACCCUGCGCGUAUGGCGGGGCUACCUGUGGGCGUUCAAAUUGUCGGGAGGAAGUGGGAGGACGAAAAGGUGCUUGCGAUGAUGCGUGUCGUGGAUGAGGCGCUUGGGCCGAGAGAUUUCGGUCCUGGAACGUGGAAAGAGUGAGCGCCUCGCACUGACGAGACAUACGUCUUUCUAGACCAUAUCCUUUUGUCGUUUGUGUAAAGUCGUACAGAUUGUGAUACCACCCUUGCCAAUCAUUAACUUAUGGCAAUUAGCCCCUGUUACACUCC